CGCUUCCCCCGUCCAGCCUGGUGCCAGUGUGCGCCCGGGGAGUGGACAUGGCGGUCCUUGGAGUGCAGCUGGUAGUGACUCUGUUCACUGCCACCCUCAUGCACAGGAUGGCCCCACACUGCUCCUUCGCCCGCUGGCUGCUCUGCAAUGGCAGUCUGUUCCGGUACAUACACCCGUCAGAAGAGGAACUGCGGGCGCUGGCAGGGAAACUGAGGCCCCGGGGCAGGAAGGAACGGUGGGCAAAUGGUCUUCAUGAUGAGAAGCCAUUGUCAGUGCCUCGAGAUGCCCGUUUCCAGCUGGAGACCUGUCCCCUCACUGCUGUGGACGCCCUAGUCCUGCGGUUCUUUCUGGAAUACCAGUGGUUCGUCGACUUCGCUGUGUACUCUGUUGGUGUGUACCUCUUCACAGAGGCCUACUAUUUUGUGCUGGGCCCAGUCCAGGAGACCAACAUCGCUGUGUUCUGGUGUCUGCUCACUCUGGCCUUCUCCCUCAAAGUGUUCCUCAUGGUGACCCGGCUGUACUUCAGCACCAAGGAGGGUGGAGAGCGUUCAGUGUGCCUCUCCUUUGCCUUCCUCUUCCUCCUCUUGGCCAUGCUGGUGCAGGUGGUGCGGGAGGAGAUCCUGGAGCUGGGCCUGGAGCCAGGCCUGGCCAGCAUGACCCAGCACCUGGAGCCUGUUCUGAAGAAGCAGGAUUGGGACUGGACACUCCCUGUGAUCAAGUUGGUCAUCCGCCUUGGACUGGCGGUGCUAGGCUCCUUGCUGGGCGCCUUCCUCAUUUUCCCUGGCCUGAGGUUGGCCCAGACCCACCAGGACGCGCUGACUCUGUCUGCAGACCGACCACUGCUACAGCUGCUCCUGCACACCAGCUUCCUGUCGCCCCUGUGCACCUUGUGGCUCUGGACAAAGCCGGUUGCCCGGGACUUCCUGUACCAGGCACCCAUGAGGAAUAUGACCUUCUCUGUAUCAUCGGAAGGGACUUUUGACUCCCUGCGCCUCUGGGUACUGGUGGCGCUGUGCCUGUUGCGGCUGGCAGUGACCCGGCCACACCUGCAGGCCUACCUGUGCCUGGCCAAGACUCGAGUGGAGCAGCUACGCAAGGAGGCUGGCCGUAUUGAGGCCCGCGAAAUCCAGCAGCGGGUGGUUCGGGUCUACUGCUACGUGACGGUGGUGAGCCUGCAGUACCUGACGCCGCUCAUCCUCACUCUGCACUGCACACUGCUGCUCAAGACUCUGGGCGGCUACUCUUGGGCGCUGAGCUCUACCUCCUCACCACUGGCCCCACCCCAGCCCUCAGAGGUUUUGACCCCUGUAGACCCUGCAGGAGAUGAGGCCCAGCAGACUGCCGCCCAGGUCACAGGGAUCCUGGGUGGCCUGCUCACACCCCUCUUCCUCCGAGGUGUGUUGACCUACGUCAUCUGGUGGACUGCGGCCUGCCAGCUGCUCUCCAGCCUCUUCGGCCUCUAUUUCCACCAGCACCUGACAGCCUCUUAGCUUGGAGGCACUAGGCCAGCAUCUGAUUCCUGCCCACCAGGACUGGGACUGUCCCCUGUGUGUGUGCCUUGGUGCCCCUAGAUGACCUAAUGGUUGGUGUGGGGACUCCCUACCAUCUUUCACCUCAGUGCCUAGAUCAUGAACCCCUUUAAGCAGUCUCCCCUGGGCCAUGGUUCCCAAGUAUGUGUGUGUGAGGCACGUUUUACAGAAAUAUCCCAGAGACUUGGGAGAUGAGCAGGGGAGACCUGGAUAGUGAGAGGGGCCUGGGAGAGAGCGGGGCUAGGAAGGAGUGGGAACCCAGAGGUCAGAGGUGGCUAGGAGAGAGCUAGGGGUGGGACUCUGUCCCAGCAUCCACAUAGCCCUGGCAUCUGUCACUAUCACCAGGAGGGAGAGACAAGAGUCCAUGCCUGUCUCCCCAGCACUCUUGGGAGGCUGGAGCAGAAACAAGACCAUGUCUGUAGAACAAGGGGAAAAAAGGGGAAGGUGUGAAAGGGGGGAGGGGAGAUUGUCACCACCCUCCAAAGCUGUGAGCGUGACUGCUGUCAUGAAUUUUGAGGCCUUGGUGACUAAGGGUUACCUCCAACUCCAAAGUUGUCCUUUUGCUAUGACUUAGUGUGUGUACAUGUGUAUUUAUGAGAUAUGCAUGGCCACCUACGUAUGUAAAAUGUGUAUUGAGAAUAAAAAAGGAAGGCUCCUACAUCGCUGCCUUACCGUGUG